AUGUCUGGAGAAGAAGAAGAAAACGCCGCCGAACUCAAAAUCCCCGAUGAGUUUUUGAAGGCGAAGUGUCUCAUGAACUGUGAAGUUGCUCUAAUUCUUGAACACAAGUAUGAGCAGCUUCAACAGAUGUCUGAGGACCCUAUGAACCAAAUAUCUCAGGUUUUCGAGAAGUCACUCCAAUAUGUGAAGCGCUUCAGCCGUUAUAAGAACCCUGAUGCUGUCAGACAAGUUCGAGAAAUUCUCAGUCGAUAUCAGCUGGCUGAAUUUGAGCUUUCUGUACUUGGGAACCUUUGCCCAGAAACAGUAGAGGAAGCUCUUGCCAUGGUCCCGUCUAUCAAGACUCGAGGACGAGCUCAUGAUGACGACGCAAUCGAAAAAAUGCUCAAUGAUCUCUCAUUGAUCAAGAAAUUCGAAUGA